AUGGCUGAGAACCACCUAUCUCAGCCAGAGCAUUCAGCAGCAGCCCAAAGCAAUGCUGGCCCCGAAACAUUCCCAUGCCGAAAGCGACUCCGAUACGAUGCCUAUACCAUCGGGUGGGUUUGCGCUCUUCCAAAAGAACAGACCGCAGCUAGAGCCAUGCUAGAUGAGGAGCAUGAACCUCUUCCGACCCCUCGCAACGACCAUAAUGCAUAUAACCUUGGCUCGGUAUGCGGCCACAACGUGGUCAUAGCCUGCUUACCUAAUAUGGGAACCAACUCUGCCGCGACCGUGGCAACCUCUAUGAUAAACACAUUUCAAUCGAUCAGAUUCGGGCUCAUGGUUGGGAUUGGCGGUGGAAUUCCGUCGAAGGUCAAUUUGGGUGAUGUAGUGGUGAGCCAGCCUGUUGCGGACUAUCACGGGGUGGUACAAUGGGAUAUGGGGAAGCUGGAGCAGGGUGGGCAGUUUGUCCACACGGGCUCGCUGAACAGACCUCCGAACGCGCUUCUCAAUGCGUCCAAUCAGCUGAAAAGUAAUCAUGAGAUGUACGGAUCGAAGAUAAAUGAGUACCUGGAUGACGUGGAACGGAGAUUUCCGCGACUAGCACCAAAAUAUACCAGGUGUGAGUGUUUGAAAGACCCAUUGUUGGUAUCGAAGAGGGGACGUCGGACGUCAAACGACGUCCAUUUUCUGUCUAGGCUAUGGCAGGUGGUCAUCGGAAUGAUCGCAUAUCUUCUUGGUUCAUGGGCUACUAGCUCGGUACAUGAGGAGAAUAGGCGGCUGCCUGAGAAGACAGAGGAAGCACGGACCCAAAGAGAAGUGAGGGUACAUCAUGGCUUGAUCGCAUCUGGGAACAAAGUGGUUAAGGACGCCGAGUCUCGAAACUCACUCGACAAAGCAUAUGGUGGGCAUUUGUUGUGCGUGGAGAUGGAGGCAGCUGGGCUCAUGAAUGACUUCCCAUGUAUUGUCAUCAGAGGCAUUUGUGACUAUGCGGAUGCAGGAAAAGAGAAAAGCUGGCAAGAAUAUGCUGCAACCGUGGCCGCUGCAUAUGCAAAGGAACUUUUAGGAUGUGUGCAGCCCAGUGUUGUUGAUGCCGAGGAGUCAGCGAAAGCUAUGUUGGAAAAGGUCGAGAAGCAGAUGGAUAGCGUGCAGCGGAUAGGACUCGCAACGAAAGCCACUACCGAUUCUAUCAAGUCUAACCUUCGUACUCGUGAUAUCAAAGCCUGGCUUCUUCCCCCGGACCCAUCUACAAACGCUAACCACGCGAGGACGCUCCGCCAUGAGGGGACAGGCGCGUGGCUCCUAGAGAACCCUGUCUUCCAGUCAUGGUACUCGGGGUCGCGUCGACAUAUAUGGCUGCACGGGCUCGCGGGAUGUGGAAAAACCGUUCUCAGUGCAACUGUGCUUGAUUAUCUCGCGAAAGCAAACGACAAUCCUAUCCUCAACUUUUUCUUCGACUUUAGCGACACCAAAAAGCAGACAUAUGAAAGUAUGCUGCGGUCGCUUACUUUCCAGCUUUAUGAAGGUGGGAUUGACUCUGCUCUUCAUCUUGAUGCGUCAUUUCAAGCGCAUCAGAAUGGGAAAAUCCAACCUGAGACAAAGGGGCUCUCGGCUAUCUUAUUCAAAAUGCUUGGAGUCCAGAAGAGGGUCUCUAUCGUUCUAGACGCAUUAGAUGAAUCAACCACAAGGGUUGAUAUUCUCAAGUGGAUUGAGGACAUGAUAUCCAAGCCAGAGCUGGCCCAUGUCCAGCUGCUCUAUACCAGUCGACCUGAGUCCGACUUUCUGGGCCGUAUUCCAAUUUUGAUAGGAGAGGAAAAUUGCAUACCACUCGAUGAAGAGGCUAUCAACUCUGAUAUCCGUUCAUGGGUCUCAGCACAACUCUCUGGACGGCGUGAUUUUACAGAGAAGCCCUUAUCUCAGGGUCUUCUCGAUGAAAUACGGGAGAAGGUUGGCAACGGGGCAGACGGAAUGUUCAGAUGGGCAUUCUGUCAACUAGACACCUUAGCUCGAUGUCGUCACGAGGCAGCUAUGGAGGAGGCUCUUGUAUCUUUGCCUAAGAGCCUAAAUGAGACAUAUCAGCGCAUGAUGAAGAGCAUACCAGAGGAGCGCAAAAUGGACGCAAUACGCCUGCUACAAUUUUUAGUGCACUCCAAGCGACCUCUCACACUAGCCGAGGCUAAAGAAGUAAUAGCGACGCAGAUUGAAGACGAGGCGAGAGGGUUUGACAUCAAGCGUCGGUUGUUCUCCGAAACUGACCUUUUGGAUUACUGUCCCGGCUUAGCGACAAUCGUUCAGACCACGGAUAAAGAGUUACAUCUUGCCCACUUUUCUGUCAAAGAGUACCUUCUCGGAGAAAACUAUUUUAAAAUCAUGACAGCUAGCAUUUCUAUCACGACAACGUGCUUGACUUAUCUCACAGACAUCAAAGGUAGCCACAAACACAUCAAGGGGAAUUUUCCGAUGGCAAGAUAUGCGGCGGAGCUCUGGGCCGGCUAUGCUGCGUUGGCUCGGGAUUCUGAAGGUACAGUGCGAAAGACUGUCAAGUUCCUUGAAGAGGAAGUGACAUUCCAACGAUGGUGUCGGUUGUAUCAGGCUGAUAGGAGUUGGGUCGAUAACCCUGGCCCUCCGCGAGCUUCCAGGCUCUACUACGCUUGCCUCAAUAGGCUCUUCGCGCCUGCAGUAGAUCUUAUUGGCAAGGGAGAAGACGUCAACGCGCAGGGCGGCAGAUACGGCUAUGCUCUCCAGGCCGCCUCAUCAGAUGGCGAUCAAGAGAUUGUCAAACUGCUCUUGGACCAGGGAGCCGACGUUAACGCGCAGGGCGGCUACUACGGCAAUGCUCUCCAGGCCGCCUCGUUAAGAGGUCAUCAAGAGAUUGUCAAACUGCUCUUGGACCAGGGAGCCGACGCCAACGCGCAGGGCGGCGAAUACGGCAAUGCUCUCCAGGCCGCCUCGUGUAAUGGCCAUCAAGAGAUUGUCAAACUGCUCUUGGACCUGGGAGCCGACGCCAACGCGCAGGGCGGCGAAGACGGCAAUGCUCUCCAGGCCGCCUUGUAUAAUGGCCAUCAAGAGAUUGUCAAACUGCUCUUGGACCAGGGAGCCGACAUCAACGCGCAGGGCGGCGAAGACGGCAAUGCUCUCCAGGCCGCCUCGUAUAAUGGCCAUCAAGAGAUUGUCAAACUGCUCUUGGACCAGGGAGCCGACGUCAACGCGCAGGGCGGCGAAUACGGCAAUGCUCUCCAGGCCGCCUCGUAUAAUGGCCAUCAAGAGAUUGUCAAACUGCUCUUGGACCAGGGAGCCGACGUCAACGCGCAGGGCGGCGAAUACGGCAAUGCUCUCCAGGCCGCCUCGUAUAAUGGCCAUCAAGAGAUUGUCAAACUGCUCUUGGACCAGGGAGCCGACGUCAACGCGCAGGGCGGCGAAUACGGCAAUGCUCUCCAGGCCGCCUCGUAUAAUGGCCAUCAAGAGAUUGUCAAACUGCUCUUGGAUAAGGGAGAUCAUUCUUAUGAUUUGGUAAAACCUCGCCGUGGCUAG